AUGUCCGAAGGCACCUCGGACAGCCCACGGGAUCAGGACGCUGCCUGGAGUGACGAGAUUGCCACCGUGUGCGCCGACAGCAGCAGCGGCCCCCCUGCAGCCCGCAGCAGGCGUCCGCAGCAGGAUCACUCGUCAGUUCUGCAGGCGGUGGCAGCGGGCGGCGGCGCAGUGCCAGACCAGCUCGGCGUGGCCCAGCCGCCGCGCGCAGCCAAGCGCCGCCUGAGCCAGUCUGCACGAGAGACGCUUGCGUCGAUCACUCUCGCCGAGUCGGCGCCUGCAGAGACAGCCCGUCGGCGGGGUGCCAAGACGGCUCGAGACGCCAAGGCGGCGCGAGAUCGGGCAGAUCUUGCAAAGGAGAGUGCGCAGCUAGCCUUGGCCAUCCGCCGUGAGACGAAGCAGGUUCCAGCAGAGUUGUUCGCCAUUGCUCGCUAUCCGACCCAGAGCCGAUCGCAGCAGUGGCCGAUGUCUAUUGUUAUAUCACAGCUGCAGCAACGUGCCCAAACUUUGAACAUCGCCCAGCACGCCGACUCCCCAGUCGCCAAGAUUGCCCAACAUUUCUUCGAUCGUGGGAGCGGCAUCGUCUUGACGAAGGAGGCCUUCAGCAAUCUCAUCGGCGUGGAUGCGAGGAAGAUUGGCCCAUCAAUUAUCACGUUGGCUGAGGUCUUAUUGUAUGCUGACCGUUUGGCACGAUCAAUGUUGGAGACACGGUUGGCGUUGCUCGUGAGUAGUGAACGUUUAGUGGAUAUGAUCGAUUUCGACAGGCAAGACGAGACUCCGAUGGCUGUGACUCGGCACGCGUGGCACCCCGCCCAGAACUCUGGACAACAGAAUGCGAUGAUUGUUGCGGCCAGGAGCCACCAGUUCCUUGCGCACAUGGAGAAGUCCCUCAAAUGCAUCUCGCGGGCACGGAAAACGAUGUCGAAGAUCCUCCAGUCAGAGUCUGUCUACGCGUACCGAUUUAUAGGCAAUGGUGGUCCACAUGAUAUAACUAUUAUUGGCGCUUGCGUGAACCCGCUUCAGAUUCUGGACCGCACCACGGGCGAGUGCUUACGGGCGGCAUGGCGGCACCGAACAUCCUUGAAGCAGCGCGGCCAUGUGAAGUUCAAAGCGCGCACGAGGAGCACGUGCGCCGACGCCGCUGGCGGCAAUGAUCGCUCUGAGCGUGCUGUCCUGUCGGAUCUCGGGUGCGAUUGGCGUCGCUUGCAUUUCAAGUGCGACAUCCACGCUGCAGUCAACAAUUGCCACGACUCCAUGUUUGUGUGCGACGACUUUAUGAAGGCCCAGCGGAGAUGGGCAUCGAGCAUCAAUUUUGGUACUGGACUCACCAUGUAUGGGGAAACUUUGGAGGAACUGGUUUUCGAACGGAUCGACGUGCGCUACGGCCAGCCCCCAGACGAGCAUAAAGCAUACCGCAACUACGUCACGUGCCUAUGUAUGCGGAACGUUCCGAACCAGGUCGAGAUGCUCAUCGCAAGUAGAACGCUGCCAAAUGGCAAUUGGCGAAACCAUGAGAAGGUCGAGGUGUACGUCCCGCUGGGCACCAACGCCGACCCACAUGCGAUUGCAUCAGCCGUGGCGUGGAGCUUUAAGAGAAUAUUUGCAGGCACUCUGUUCACCAAGUACGUGAAAUCUAAAUGGAAGGGCGUGUCCAAGGCCUUGUCGCAGUUCGUGCUGCCGUUCGCUUGUUGCGGUCUGGGCGCCCCAGCGUACGAGCGUUUCGCCGAGCGGGCUCGGGCGAUCAACGACAAGUGCAUCGGGAGACCUGUCCAGGGAGCAGCUGCUGGAGGCGGUGGGGCCCCUGUGCUGGCCAUCGAGGGCGGCGGCGGCCCUGCUGACGGCGGAGGCGGUGUGUGUGGCGGCGGCGCCCAGGACGGAGCCCACGGCGGUGUCGGCGAGCAGGCGAGCAAGGUCGACCAGGAGCGAUCGCACAGGGAGGAGAACAAUAAGGAUAUUGAGAUUGGUUUGGAGUUGUCUCAGUCAGAUCCUACUAGCAGGACGUUGAUAACAAUCCAAGUUGCUCUGGCACACGAGAUGUAUUUGGACCAGCUCCUCGACCAGGGUUCGGUGGACUGGGAGGCGGCUCAGCGCGCGUCACAGGCGCGCGCGCUGCUGGCCCCGUCGGGGCAGGGCCAGCCCCGAGCCAACAGGAGUUUCGAGUUGCUCGAGAUGGCCAAGGGCGGUGCCGAUUCGAAUUUCUUGACCGACAUUGUGACAAUGAUGAAUUCCGCUACCCACUGGGACGUAUUGGUGGGCGACGCCGAUAAGACCUUGGAGUGCAGGGCGUUUACGUUCAAGCUUUUGUCUGGGAGCUUAUGCACAGCAGGGCGGACGGCGUGUCUGCGCCACAAGGUCGAGCCCGUUGCAACGUUCCGAUGUUUGUUGAGCGAUGCUGACGCCGAUGACUUUGCGAACAAGCCGCAAUGUUUGCACGAUCCCUGGAGCAAGAGGUUCCUGGACGAGUUCGUCGACAAGCCUGGUGGCUUACGCAGUGACGAUGCGCAGGCAGCUUUACGAUUCCAAUGCAGGCUCGCCAGACGGCACAUGGCGAAGAUAGAGUGCUGGCACGCAGCGUUGCGGAGGCGUUUGUAUAUGCGAGGGGUCCAUGCGAAUGGGCAGGCGUUCGCUGAGGUCAACGCCGAGGCCAUCUGCGACCGCGUGCACGCCCGCGUUGCCUACAACACUGUGGCGAAGGAGUUGAGCAAGCUGACCGCCAACGGCUUGUGCGACGGGUCGGUCGGGCCCGACGGCGACUGCGACGACCUGAGAGACCGCUGGUACUCUGGCCCUUGGCACGCUUACGUUCGAUACCACACGUUUGGGACGGAGGGGAGGCCCGACUUGUCGGCGUUGUCAGCAGCGUACAACGCGCUGACGCCAGACGAGAAGCAGUUCUACAUCGACUUGGCGAAGGGCGCCCAGCAGCAGUUGGCGAAGCUGCGGCCAGGCGAGGGCGCAUUUGGCUUUACGUCGAGGGCGCUCCGACGCCAACAACGCAGUGCCCAAGCCGCCGCGGCGGCCGAGCGCACUCAGGCUGAUGAGGCUAGCGGUGCAGGGCCAGAUCCUAUGUCUCGGCGGCGGGCUGCGUUUUCGGCAGUAUCAUUGGUCAUGCGCCGCUCGGACAACCGACACUUACAUGAGUUGGUGGCGUCCGCAAAGGCGGAGCAGCGGCGCAUGCUGCUGGAGGCGGGCAGGCGCCGAGCCGCUGACCAGCGUGCGUUGCGGGAGUGGGCAGCCACGAAAGGGAAAGCAUUGUUGGAAGAGACCGUGGCCCAGAAUCCCGUGCUGCAGCCAUUCAAGCAGUGUUUGUACCCCGUGCCAGAUGUGGAUGACGUCGUGUUCGAGCUGAUCCCGACUACGACGAACGCCUUGAAGGUGGACUUCGACUCCAUGUCCACGCCCAUCCUGCACGAGCUAUCGGAGCCGAUUGUACUUGAUGAGAAGAAGAAGAAGAUCGGCCCACCGCCUUGCCACGAGGUGGGCAUCUGCUUAUGCAGCGGCGACGGCGUCCUCAUCUGGAAAAUGAGGAACGCAUACCUGGCGAAGCUGAAGGUUCUUUACAAGGCAGGGCCAAUGAAGAGUCUAUUGCGACAGCAGUCGCUGGUCGUUCGGUUUGACGGCCAUCGGGAGCAGCUCUUCACCGAGAUGAGCGACGGCUGGGGCGACGAGUUCGCUGAUCUACUUGGCGGUGGUGAAGUUGGACCUGCACAUCUGGAGAUGUGGUUCCACAUCGGCGCGCACUCCCUGAACCCGUACCGCUCGAGCUUCUUGGCCCUUGUCGUCGGUGAGGACCCUGACAGGGUCGCGGUGGUUGAUGGCGAGAUCAUGCUUGAG